AACAGUCACACGUUAGUCAUCGCAUUGUCCCGUGAUCGUCUCGUGAUGUUCUUCAAUUAAUUUCGUCCGGUGUUAGAAAAGAAGAUUGCGUUUGACUUUAGCGACGCGUUUCGCUGUUUUAGGAACAGCAUUGCGCGUUCUAUCGUUUCUAUCCCGACGAUGCGAGCACAUGGAAAUAGGUAUGUUUAUCGAUUGAUUGAUUUGUCGGUUUACGCUCGGGCGAAUUGUUGUCGAAAAUGAAAAAAAAAGAGAGAGAGAUAGAGAAGAAAAUUUACGCGCAACAUGCGCCCCGGCGAAAUCCCGCGAUGCAUCGCGUCGAUGACAAUGGUUGUUGCACCCGGCUGGCGAUAAAUAGCGCCGUGCCGUGACAUAGCGUCGGAGAUGUUAUUAACGACAAAUAUCUAUCUAAUAUUAAUCUCGCCCACGUUUCCCAGCGUGGUCCACGGGAGAGAGAGAGAGAGAGAGGAAGAGCGCGGAGGAGAGCACACGGUCUGGUCGCGCGAUCUCCGGGGGACAGUGCUUCGACCGCAUGUCGAUUGGCCCGUCACCGGCGGUGUCGGCGGAAAGUAUCGCUUGAUGCACGUAUAUAGAAAAAAAUAAUACACACGCACACGCGUACGCGCGGAGGAUUUUCUCCUGCUCCCUUAAUCGAGACCGAAGUGAGAUCGGCUGAACUGCAAGCGGGAGAAAGAGAAGGAUAUCGUCAUCGAUAGCGAGAGAGUCGAUAGCGGGAGAAAAGCGGUGAAAGAGAGAGAGAGAGAGGGAGAGAGAGAAGCUAUAAAUCGGAAAAGAGAAAGAGAAGAGAACGGUGCAGAAGGAUGCACACUCUCUCUCUGCGCGAGCGCGGAGUUUGUGAGUUGAAGAGAGAUGUGUAAAUCGAAGGGCGCGACGGAGAAGAAUCUACGUUGGUGUUGGUGAGAUAGAGUUCCACGUUCGAGAGAAGGAGAGAUUACGUAUACGCGUUCGUCGAAGGGAAACAGACCGACGGAUCGGCGACAGCUGAGACCGUGUCUGUGCGAAAGAGAAGGAUGGUGGUGUGUUAGUAUUCAGUUUCAAACCGCGGGAGAUGAAAAGAGAUGGAAAAGACAGAAGAAGAGAGAGAGAGCGAAAGAAUGGAGGGAGGGGAGAGAGAGAGCAGAUGCUGUACAGCGUGGCAAUUCGCAAAGUGAAGCGAGAUGGCGAACUGCAGCGUGGGAGUGAGACGGAGAUAACAAUAGUCGACAGCGUGGCGACGAGUGGGGUUGCCGAAGAAGGGAAGUGCGAGGUGCGGGGAAGCCCCGCCGGGCGCCAUACUGCCGUCGUCCGUUCGUUCCGUACAGUACGCGCCCAGCGGUUAAGGCGGUUUUGUCGCGGUGUCGCCGCCACCGUCAUCGUCGUCGUCGUCGUCGUCGUCGUGCGGUCGUCGUUCCUUGCGUUUCUCGCCUUCGGUAGUGUCGCACGUAUAUAAUACAUUUCUUAUCCGUGUCUACCUUUCACUCGUCGCGCGCGCCGACGCGUCGUCGUGCGCUCCGGACCGUCGCCGUCUCUUGCCCGGCAUUUUUUUUCUCUGCCCCCGGUUUUCAACCACGGUGCGGUUUCCGCACGAGGAUAUAACACAGAGGCGUGCGGGGGAGUCGCUCGCCGCCGGUGUCGCAAGCUCUUUUCUUUAAACGGUAAGGACUCCGCGGACGUCGUACCCCGCCAUCGUCGCCGUUGUCAUCGUCGUCCCUGGCGGAACACCUGCGCACCGAUACGAGGCGUAGCAGCAUGGUAUGGUAUCAGUGACUGAGAACUCCCCCGAAACAUGAAGAAGUAUCCUUACAUCCUCGUGUGCGUCCUACUUCUGCUGCCUCUGUCAUUGGGCCUCAGUCUGCAAGAGGAUGACCUGGUCUUCGACGACGUCGGUGAGGACAACGACAAUGACAACGUGCCCAUCGGGUCUGUCCUGAUAAAUCAUCAUACGUCUCACGGUCGAUCCGAUCGUUACGAGCACGGAUCGUCGUCUCGUGAUGGCAGAAGGCACGUCUCUCGGGUCGAAAGAGCAUGGGGCGUGCCGGACUCCGUCAUCCCGGUCGGCCACAUCUUCAGGAUGAAAAUACCGCGGCAAGCUUUUUCGGGAAGCGUGGAUUUUUAUGAGGUUCACGAGACCGCAGAUCGCGAUCGUUUGCCGCAAUGGAUGCACUGGGACGACGCUGUCUCCACUCUCUUGGGCGUGCCGUCAAAGAAGGACAUCGGCAAUUAUCACCUGAGCGUCACGGCUGUCGGCAAGCACCGUGACACCGCCAAGGAUCAAUUCGUCGUGCAAGUUAUACCCGAGAACUUUGAGGAACUCAAGCAUAAGGACGGUAAGACGCAUUGCGAGGAUGGAGAGGACCAGACGAUCCUUACAAUUCUGCUGGAUGCGCGGAUGGACCAACUGUCGCCUACCAUUAGGGUGAAUGCUAUCGAAAAUCUCGCCGGAUUUCUGGGAAUGCACACGAGCGCAUUCUCGAUGCAUUCCCAAAGUAUCAAGGAUGCCACCACCCUGGAUUCCUCCGUUAUCUUUACCGGACCCGGGAACGUUAGACAUCACAAAAACAAAGAAAGUCAUUUAACUACCAUUCAGUGGCAGGUUGGCUGCGACGGUCACUUAUGGAAACAUCAAACAGAGUUGGUGAAACAAUUACGCGAGCAGGCGAAGGAUGGUACUCUAGCAGAAGUUCUGCAGCUUCCUGUGAUGUCGUGGCGCGUCAGGACAGAUUUGAACUCUUUUCUGAGAAACAGACGAGAAGCUGGCUCCGGCGAUUACGGUGAUUCGGACGAUUACGGCGGUUACGAUGACGACUACGAUGGUGAUUACGACGAGGAAAACGAGGAAGAUGAUAACGAUGAUAACUUCGGAGUACCACCAACUUUCAUACCAGACUUGAAACAUCCGCAUCGGCAUCAUCAUGGCGAGGAGACGAUUGAUUGGAAGAGCGAAGAUGAUGAACAAGAGAUAAUACCGAGAAUGAGUCAAAGUGAAUUAGAUAAUAAAACUACGACUACGACAAGAACCACUGAACUUACUACAUCAUCACCAUCAACAACUACAACUACCUCCACCACCACGACGACAACUACAACCACCACCCAAGCCACGCCAACGACCGUAACUUCUACUAGUAGCACCACAACGACCGUCACAUCGGCCGAUAUAACAGCAACAGCUAGUAUCUCCACCGCUGUAGCCCCAUCGAUAGAAUCUCCGCGAUCGGAGACCACGGACGAGGAAUCGUCGACGGAGAAAACGAAACCCGUGGAAUCCGUGGAAUCCGUGGAACCCGCCGAAUCCGUUACCGUUUUACCAACCAUUCCUUCGGAUAUUACUACGACUCCUCCUCCUGUAACCACUCUGCCGCCUUUUAGCACAUCGAUCACCCAGACUAGUGUCUUCGACAAAAUCGAGACGGAGAUCGUCGGUAUUACUAAUGUUACAACGGAAGAGUCGGAACAAACUACUUCCAUGAAAGAAUCGACUGUACCAACAUUCAUCGUCACGGACGUUAACACCACCACCACCACUCUUACACCUACAAUCGUAACGAAUGUUAGCACGUCUACUAUUAUACCUGUAGUCUUAACGAAUGAGACAAUUACGACUACGAUGCCACCAACAUCAGAUCUUCGCACAACGAUGUCGAGCACAACGCCGUCCACUACUAGCACAACCACAACCACGACCACGACUACUACCACCACCGCGGCACCUACAACCACUACAACAACGACAACACCUCGGAUUACCACGGAGAGUAUCGAGUAUGGCCAAGUCAACUUCCCACCGAGACGCGAUAGGAGAUUAAAGAAGAUACCAGUAACUGCCGGUAAACCGCUGAGUUAUGUCAUUCCGGCCGAUACCUUCACCGAUUUUGAAGACGGCAACACGAGGAACCUAAAGUUGAGUUUGUACUGGCAAGGUAUACCACUCAAGACAACACACUGGCUUCAAUUCAAUCAUCAUACCCAAGAAGUCUAUGGAUUGCCUCUCGAGAAUGACAUAUCUACAUGGAAUUAUGAACUAGUUGCUAUGGAUAGAGAAGGUGCCAAUGUUACUGAUAGUCUCGAUAUUCAUGUUCAACAACAUAAACUGAGUCGUAGCGUCAAUCACGAAUUUAACAUUUACUUGAAAAUCGAUAAACGAAUCGAAUUUCCAACAGACAUCGAUUGGGAACUUGAGGUAAUCCGAAGUUUGGCUGAACUUUACGGAGACAGUGACACCCAGCAUAUCACAGUUCGUUCCAUCAAUAUCAAUCCUGAUCGUGAGCAAGUUAUGUUCGCAUGGACUAAUGAUAGUCUUCCAAGAAGUAGCGAGUGUCCGAGAGAACAUAUAAACAAAUUAUUGCGCGUACUCAUCGACAGUGAUGGAGAUCCAUCAGCUUCUCUAAAAGCAGUUCUCGCUCCAGAAAUCAGGGUAAAGCGGAUCAUAUUUCAAGGUAUUGGACAAUGCGAAGAUAUGAAUCAUUCCGAGAUACCAAAAGUCUCUACGGAAGAGCCGAAAAUGAAUUUCCCGCCGGUACCGAGGAAUCAAGUUGAUCAUGUUAAUGCGACAGUUGGCCAAUUGCUCGUAUUUAAAGUGCCAGAAGACACAUUCUUUGAUGCCGAGGAUGGAUCGUCACGAAACAUGAAAAUGUCACUUUUAACUAUUGACCGAAGACCUAUUCCACCUUACGAGUGGCUGCAGUUUGACAACAAAAAUCAAGAAUUUUACGGUGUGCCAAUGAUUACCGACAUUGGCCGUAAGGAAUAUCAGUUGGUUGUUGUCGAUAAAGAAGGUGCAAGUGCCACGGAUGGAUUGGUCGUCGUCGUUCAUUCAGCUCCUCCCAUGGCACAUACGGUAGAAUUCUCGAUGACGUUAGAUAUUUCCUACGAUUCUUUUGCGCAUUCUGCACUUCAGAAGCGCAAUUUUAUCGAGAAACUACGUGAUCUCUACGGAGACAGAGACACGAGCGCUAUCUUGCUGCACAAUAUCUCAAACGGCAGUACCGUCAUCACAUGGCACAAUAGAACUUUACCUACGUCAUAUUGUGCCCACGACGAAGUCAACAGGCUGCGAUCUGUGCUUGUGAAGAGCGAUAAUGACCGACGUUCCGUAACAGACGAGGUGUUGGAUGUGAUGGGUCUGAAAUUCCCGGUGAAGCAGAUCACGGUGAUUCCCAUGGGAAUCUGCCUUGGUGAAUUAACGGGCGUUCACUCACCGGAUAGCCACGUGCCACCAGUGGACGAUUCGACAUCCGUUGGCGCGUUCCAUGAUGAUUAUCUUCUCACGUUUGUUCUGCCAGCGAUCAUUAUCGCCGCUAUGCUCAUUCUAGCGGGAAUAAUUGCAUGCGUGUUACACAAGCGAAGACGUAGUGGAAAGAUGAGCGUCAGUGAGCAAGAUGACGAGCGGCAAAGUUUCCGGAACAAAGGAAUUCCCGUGAUAUUCCAGGAUGAGCUGGAAGAGAAACCGGAUCCCGGCAAUAAGUCACCCGUAAUUCUGAAGGAAGAAAAGCCACCUCUUCCACCGCCCGAAUAUCAGAAAACCGAGGACGGCGCUGAUGUGCCGAUGUUGCCUAAGGAGAACUCCGAGGAACCGUACCAACCGCCGCCGCCAUUCGCCACAAAUCGUGACACCAAUCGACAAAAUCGUCCCAAACCUACUCCAACGUACAGGAAACCACCCCCUUACGUGCCUCCCUAACAAAAUACGGUACACUCGCCUACGCGAAAAUAUAUGCUAGCAAUGCUCGGAGACUCACCGAUACACAAGCAAAACCAAAUUAAUUAUAAAAAGCAAUCUCGAAUUGGCGACGACGACGAUCGUGGGACUCUGAACGUUUAUAGCGACGUUUAAAUAAAAGUCCUUCUCCAUUCACCCGGUAUGAGACAAUAUAUAUACUGUUUUAUAUAGCGUGAAUGGAACUCUUCCGCGAGAACAUUCUCCGAAUUUGCGCGCGUUUUUACUUAUUUUAUAUAUGUAUCAACAACGGCACAUCUCACCAUCGAUUUAACGAAAAGAAGAAAAAAUAUUCCUUAGUCGAUAUUCGAUCGACAUACACUCUCUCAAUCAUCUAUAUUUCACACGAAAGAAAAAGGAAAGAUUUUCUAGGGAGUAUGGGAAUACAAAUCACGUGUUGCCUUUCGUAAAGAAUUCAAUUGUAGGGAAGGAUCCACUGCUCCGAACUUGAUACGCGAAUUUAGUUUAGAUCGUUGUAGAACCGAGACAGCGGUAGGGAAUAAACGUACUUUAUUCGACUCUGUAGAUUCGAGACAGCAACGAUACUCAUAAAUAUUUCAAUAAUCAGUGCCAUUUAUUAAGCAAUAAGGGUAUCCGAUUGUGAAUAACAGUCGUACGUAUAAUUAAUACGUAUAAUAAUUACGGUUCUACGGAUUUAUCGCAAUUACUGUAUACAGAGAGUCUCCAGGUAUCAAGAACGACGGAUUUAAC